UGUUGCUUUGUCAGUUUGUUUUUAUUUGUCAUUUUGCGGUAGUAAGUGUGUAGCAAGUUAGGAGUAUAAUUUAAACUUUUGUUAGUUUUUUAGAAUAAAAGCAAUGUUCUCCUUGUUGCAUAAAGAAGAGGCGGCACACGAUGAUGGAAUUUGGUCAUGUUCUUGGGGACGCCUACAUCCAGAGGAAGGACAAUCCGAAAAUAAUGCUGACCCAGAAAAAGACGCAGACGCUAGUAAUGAUUCAAUGUACGGUAAAAAGAAGCCUGAACCGGUUGAUUUUAUUGUAACCGGCGGACUGGAUGAUUUGGUGAAAGUGUGGGAUAUUCGAGACGAUGACCAAUUAAAACUACGCCACACCUUGAAAGGACAUUCUUUAGGUGUUGUUUCUGUGGCUGUCAGUCCAGAUGGAAAAACAAUUGCGAGUAGCUCUUUAGACUCAAGCCUCUGCUUUUGGGAUUCUAAAACUGGCCAACAAAAGCAUUUGCUUUCGUUUGGGCCAGUUGAUCUGUGGACUGUAGCAUUUUCUCCCUGCAACAAAUAUGUGAUUUCGGGAUCUAAUGAUGGAAAAAUUUCAAUGUAUAGCGUUGAAACUGGAAAGGUGGAACAAGUACUAGAUCCCCAAAAUGGAAAAUUUACGCUAAGCAUUGCCUAUGUAAGUUUAAGAUGAACAGCAUUGAAUCGAACUUUUAAAACUAUAAAAUAAAUAUAAAUGUAAUGGCAAUAACAUAAUUGUAGAGUCCAGAUGGAAAAUACAUAGCAAGUGGUGCUAUAGAUGGCAUUAUCACUAUAUUUGAUGUGGCUGCAGGCAAAGUGGCGCAAACUUUGGAAGGUCACGCCAUGUCGGUUCGAAGCUUAUGCUUUUCGCCAAACUCGCAGAUGCUGCUAACGGCUUCUGAUGAUGGGCAUAUGAAACUAUAUGAUGUAGCUCACUCGGACGUCGCUGGUACUUUAUCAGGUCAUGCUUCGUGGGUGCUGUGUGUCUCGUUCUCCGAAGAUGGUAAACAUUUCGCUUCUUCUUCUAGUGAUAUGAGCGUAAAAAUUUGGGAUUUCGCCGAACGCAAGUGCAUGCAUACAUUUUCAGAGCACAGUGACCAAGCUUGGGGCGUAAAAUACAGUUUAUCAGAUGACAAAGUUAUAUCAGUAUCGGAAGACAAGUCCUUAAAUUUGUAUAAUUGUCCGCCUAACAUUGUUGCUUAACAUAA